CUCUGGCGCAGUGAGGUUGAUGGGGGGCCUUUUCCCUGACCCCACACCCCUCGACGUCCUUUAGCCUGCACCCAUAGCCCAAAGUAUCCCACCAUGGUCCCUUUCUCUACAAGGCACAGAGCCGUUACUUCCUUUUCUUGAUCCGUUAACGCCCUUCCAGCCGGCCACUGGCGUCUCUGCUCGAGGAAGAAGACGAUGAACCUGGCUUCCAGAAGAAGGGCAGCGGUUAAAAAUGUCGGUAUCAGUAAGAACGGGAGCCCUGAGUCCGGUGCAGGAAUGGAAGGCAAGCAGGGCACCCGUAAUUCUCCUUCCAAUGGCAGUUUGGGGAAGAAUUGCAAUCUGAGUAGCAUUGAGAACAAGCGAAAAUUGUGGACUGAAAGCAGUGAUGGGGCAGAGAGAAGCCCUCUGCAUAACACCAGACUCCGAUCCAGUUCUCAUAAUGGGAGAAUUUUGCAUAAGUCCAGAGAGCUCGGUGCGUCCCGGGAGACGAGGGCCGUUUCCAGGAGUUUGAGCGCUAGUUUCCGCAGAGAGAAGGCUGGAUCUGAAGAGAUUGAUGGCGAAUCUGAAGAAUUGCGGUCGGAGGUGGAGGUGAAAGUAGAAGAGAAACACGUGGAUGAGCAGAUAAAAGGAGGGGAAGAAGAAGAAGAAGAAGAAGAAGAAGAAGAAGAAGAAGAAGAAGAAGAAGAAGAACUGAAAGAAGAAGAAGCAGAAGCAGAGGAGGAGGAGAAAAGAUUGGUGGUUUUGGAGGUCAAGUCAUCUGGACGCAGAAAGGAGGUGGUUGUUGAGGAUAUCAAAGAAAACAAAAUUCCACCAGCAACGACCACAAUCGGGAAAUUCGAACCGCCUGAAAUUCCGUUCAAUUUCUCAAAACCAGUUCCCUGUCACGAACCGUAUGAAGGCGCGGCGGCAACUCAACAAAGAAUGCAGGGGCUAGUGGAUGUCUUUUUGUGGAGAGACAUUUCAAGAUCAGCUUUCGUGUUCGGAUCCGGCUCAUUUCUGCUGCUAUCAUCGUCUUACGCCAAAGAUCUCAAUUUCAGCCUGAUUUCUGCAAUUUCCUAUGUUGGUCUCUUCUACCUCGCCAUAGUCUUCAUCCACAGAACAAUUCUCGUCAAGGGAGGAGUGGACUUGGAUGAGAUGCACACCAGAAGCGCACUACGCGAGGAAGAUGCGAUCUGGUUACUGCGGCUCGUUCUGCCUUACUUGAACGAGAUUUUGUUCAGAGUGAAAUCCAUUUUUUCUGGUGAUCCUGCAACUACCAUGAAGGUGGCAGUGCUGCUGUUUCUGUUAGCGAGAUGCGGCAGCUCCAUAACCGUGUGGACGUUAGCCAGAUUCGGUUUCUUCGGGGUGUUUACGAUUCCCAAAGUUUAUGCUUCCUACUCGGUUCAGCUUACCAGAUACGGGAGAUUUUGGAUCGGUCGUUUUCGGGAUGCUUGGAAUUCCUGUUCUCACAAGAAGGCCGCGGCGAUUGCCAUUUUCACCGUCAUAUGGAAUUUAUCAUCAAUGGUCGCUCGUGUUUGGGCUGCGUUCCUUCUGGUCGUGGCCGUGCGGCUGUACCAGCAGUCCCUGAGCUCCGAGUGGGACGAAGUAGAACCCUCCUCGGCUUCUGCAGCAGCAGCUGCGGCGGCGGCGGCAGAAGAUGGAAAAGAAGCAGGCAAGUGCGCGGCUCAGAGCCCAAAGGACAGGGCCCAAAGGAACAACAAGAAGAUCUUUGAUGGGGGUAGUGGUAAAGUGCAGCAGGAAGCUACAGCGGUGAUGCCCACGAGCAAAAGAUGAUUUCCUUUGUUUUUUUUUUGGUUGGUUUCACUUUCAAGGCGAUGCAUGGUGGGAUGAAAGAAGGGUGUAAAUGUGGGGGGCGAUGAAAAGUAAAAGGGUUGGGGUGAAAAAAAAGUAAACGGUGUUGCAUGUGCCCAUGUCUGGAGCAUUAUCCUUUCAUUGGGAAUUGAAUAAUGCCUCCCGGACAAUCACUCAGUCAAUAAAAAUGGCCACUUGUGCUUUCCUCA